CACACAUUCCCUGUAUAUAUAAACCCCCUAAACAAAUCACUCUGACUUGUUCACUUCAUUAAGCAAAGCAUAGAGAGCCAGCGGGAGCCUCAGUCAAAGGAGCAGACGCCGGAGUCGUCGUCUACUCCGAAAGAAAUCGAUAUCUGUUCAACUCAAACGGUGCUAUACUUCCACACAAGUUUACUUAGCAAUGUGUCCUCCAGCAUCCAUUCCUCUUGCAGAUGUACUAGAUGAAUACUCGACAGAUGAAGUCGUCUUCAAGUCUUUAAUGCAAUUUAAAAGUGGAUAUUCUCUGCCUUUGAAUGUACUAUCUGAUGUUGAUCCUUACCAAUUUCCACCCUCAAAUCUCCCUGACAACAUGUGGUACUUCUGUUCUAGUUCAAACGUUGAUGCAGAUAAUGGGUAUUGGAGGUCAACAGGAGAUGCUUGUGAGAUAUACUCGACCCCUGUGAUUAUUGGUUUGAGAAAGACACUUCAAUUUUAUAAAGGCCGAGCCCCUGUUGGACAAAAGACUAAUUGGAUGAUGCAAGAGUACACUACAACCGAAAAGUGUGGGAGUAAGCAGGACCAGGAUCCUAGAGCACUGUAUAGGGUAUUUUUGGUAGAUGAAGGUAGCAGGGGAACACUUUUUAAAAGCGAACUUCUGGAAGAGAAUAUGGAUGGUGUGGCUGAGCCAUCAGCCAAGAGUGAUCUAGCUCCAAAUCCAGAUCAGCCAUCAGCCGUUGCUGAUCGGACUCUGGAGUCCCCAUCAGCCAUUGCUGAUCGGUCUCCUGAGUUGCCAUCAGCCAUGGUUGAUCGCGGUCCCGAUUCUCCAUCAGGCAUGGUUAAUCAAUUUCUUGAUCUACCAAUUGGAGAAUAUAUUGGUGAUUUCUUGGAGUUGGAUGAUCUUGCUAUUCCCUUAUCACGUUCUACAAGCUCUGCUGAUUCAAGCUGUAUGACAACAAGUAUGUGUUCAGAAGAUUUGUUCGACUCAGAUGCACUGAUGCGUGAACUAGAUGAUACUGCUGACCAGGAGAAUCAAGAUUCAAGAGUCAAGUUGAAUCUCUCUAUACCUUCAAAGUUAAAAGAAGUGGUCAUGCAACCAACCGCUUUAGAAUCUAUUGAUAGCAUCGAGGAGUCCAAACCUUCCACUGGACAAACCUCCAGAGACCCCACUCCUCCAAACGAGCCAGAAGACCGUUGGAACGAAGGGACAUCAAAUGGGGUCAAUACAUCAGCAGAAGCAUCAAGUAGUUCUGAAGGUUCCUCAAAUGAGGAAAGGAAAGAUCAUGCUAGACGAACGAAGAAGCGCAAGAUGAUGAAGUAUUUGUGUUUCUUGGCAUUCUAAUUGCACAAGUAAGUUAUUCAUGAAGUUUGCUUGAGAACCUCCUAAAAUCGAGUCUUUAAGCUUAUUGCUGAUAAGCAUUUGCAGAAUUCUUGCAUGCACAAGCAGCUUCCUAAGCUAAGAUGGUUUUAGAUGGAGUUUAGGUAUAUAUAUAUAUAUGUAGAGAUUAUCAUAUGUAUGGUAAUGUGUAAAUAGGGUGUCUGUGUAGAACAAUUGUAGACUGGUGGUUUAUUUAGAAGUAUUCGUGCUGGGUGAUUUUAAUUAGAUGGGAUCUUAUCAUCGUAUGUAAAUAAAAUGAGAAUGAUGAUGUCGACCAUCUUUAUGUAUGCUACAUUAAUAUAGAAGAUUGUGGAUCUA